UGACUGGAGCUGAGGGACCCAGUGAGCGAAGGAAAAGCAUCAAGACUUACAGAGAAAUUGUGGAAGAGAAAGAGCGGCGAGAGAAAGAACUGCACGAAGCAUACAAGAACGCCAGGUCACGGGAGGAGGCAGAUCAUAUUCUCCAACAAUACAUCGAGAGAUUCACCAUUAGUGAAGCUGUCCUUGAACGCUUGGAGAUGCCAAAAAUUCUGGAGAGAAGCCAUUCAGCUGAGCCAAAUUCAUCAUCCCCGCCUAAGGACCCAAACCCCCUGCGAUAUUUACGGCAACAGUCACUUCCUGCCCCCAAAUACACUGCCAAGGUUGAGGCAACCAUUGUUCCCAGUGGAUCCGAAGCCAGCAUUUCAACAGGUCGCACCUCUCCAAGCAAACCUUUUCCCUCCAAGGCUGUGCCUAUGUUGACACCCAAGCCUUACUCACAGCCUAAAAAUACCCAGCAGGUUUUCAGAACAUUUAAGGUAGAUGGAAAAGUCAGCAUGAACGGAGAAGCCGUCAAUGGAAUGGAGGAGGAGCGAGAGAGGGAAUGCACAGCGUUAAUUUUUGCUCCUUCACCAAGUCGCUCGCCAAAAUCCGACUAUGGGGUGGAAGUGGAUGGCAUCUCAGCGGAGGGAAAGCAGGAUGCCACAAAUCCUGAGCUUGUUCUGAAGAGACUCAUCGAGCACAAUAAGCACAGAGAGCAGGCCCUGUUGUCUGGCAGAAGAUUACGUGAAGACGUGAGCCCCUUAAAAAGCAUUGUAUGUGAGGAUUCUGUGACUGAAGAUGAUCAACCAACCAACCAAAUAAAUGAAUUUGAUUCAGAAAGACCGCCUCCAGGUUUGUUGUUUAAUUGUUUGUGGAGACUAAUAAGUGAGGAAAUGUUUGACAAUCCCUGACUUUCUGAGGAGAGU